UUCAGAGCAAGGGUGAGGUCUAUGAAGAGCACUGUGUGGCUCUGGGUGUGCAGACACUACUGUUUUCACUUUAACUCCUUCCAGAAUGGCCUGCCUUCCCGGUCGUCCUGCAUUUCAGAGAGUCUCUGUGGGAAUUUUCUUCUUAGCACUUUGGAGAGUGGUUGUGGGUGACAAGGUGUUGAUGUUCCCCCUGGACGGAAGCCACUGGCUUAGCUUAAAGGAUGUAGCCGAGAGACUCAGUGCCAGGGGCCAUGAGAUUGUGGUGCUGGCACCAGAAGUCAAUUUGCUUGUGGAAGAAUCCGAAUACUAUUCGCGGAAAAUCUUUCCAGUGCCGUAUGAUGAAAAGGAGCUGACGAACCUUUUACGUUCCUUCGGAAACAGUAUGUUUACUGAGAGAUCAUACCUGAUGACUCCUCUGAUAGAGUACAAGCAUAACAUGGAUGGCAUUAACAUGUGGUUCGUCAACUGCCAGAACAUCCUGAAGGACCAUGCCACCCUGAAUUUCCUCAAGGAGAGCAAGUUCGAUGUUGUUUUCACAGACCCGAUCAUACCCUGUGGUGUGAUCCUAGCCGAGUACCUGGGCCUUCCAUCCGUGUACUUCUUCAGGGGCUUCCCGUGUUCCCUGGAGCACAUGUUCAGUAGAAGCCCAAGCCCUGUGUCCUAUGUACCCAGGUGCUACACAAGCUUUUCAGACCAGAUGUCUUUUCCCCAACGGAUGGUCAAUUUCCUUGUUCAUUUGUUGGAGCCCCCUCUGUUUUCUCGUGUAUAUUCAAAGUUCGAAGACCUCGCAUCAGAUGUCCUCAAGAGAGAUGUGCACUUGCCCACCUUGUAUCAGAAGGGCUCUGUCUGGCUGUUAAGAUACGACUUUGUGUUUGAGUACCCCAGGCCAGUCAUGCCCAACAUGGUCUUCGUUGGAGGCAUCAACUGCAAAAACAGGAAGGACCUGACUCAGGAAUUUGAAGCUUACAUAAAUGCCUCUGGAGAACAUGGAAUCGUGGUUUUCUCUUUGGGAUCAAUGGUCUCAGAGAUUCCAGAGAAGAAAGCUAUGGACAUUGCUGAUGCUUUGGGCAAAAUACCUCAGACAGUCCUGUGGCGGUACACUGGAACGCGACCAUCGAAUCUUGCCAACAAUACGAUACUUGUCAAGUGGUUACCCCAAAAUGAUCUGCUUGGUCACCCGAAGACUCGUGCCUUUAUCACGCAUUCUGGCUCCCACGGUAUUUAUGAAGGAAUGUGCAAUGGCGUGCCCAUGGUGAUGAUGCCCUUGUUCGGCGAUCAGAUGGACAAUGCGAAGCGCAUGGAGACUAGGGGAGCUGGAGUGACUCUGAAUGUUCUUGAAAUGACUUCUGCAGAUUUAGAAAAUGCCCUAAAAAGAGUCAUCAAUGACAAAAGCUACAAGGAGAACAUCAUGCGCCUCUCCAGCCUCCACAAGGACCGCCCCGUCGAGCCGCUGGACCUGGCCGUGUUCUGGGUGGAGUUCGUGAUGAGGCACAAGGGGGCGCCACACCUGCGCCCCGCAGCUCACGACCUCACCUGGUACCAGUACCACUCCUUGGACGUGAUCGGCUUCCUCCUGGCGGUGGUGCUGACCCUGGCCUUUGUCACCUUUAAAUGUUGUGCCUUCGGUUUCCGGAAGUGCUUUGGGAAACAAGGGCGAGUAAAGAAAGCCCACAAAUCCAAGGCGCAUUGAGAAGUGGGUGGGAAAUAAGGUGAAAUGUUGAUUCAUUCCCUGGUCAAUUCCAAACUUGAAAACAGAAUCAGUGUUAAAUUCAUUUUAUUAAGGAAAUACUUUGCAUAAAUUAGUCACUCCCAGAGUGGUUUUUAAAUCUAAUUGCUAGUCAGCAAAGAUAUUUGAAUAGGAUCCUGCCCCCUUGGUAUCUUUAAUCUGGUUUACACUUGGCAACUUUCAAAUGAGUUGCAGAGAGGGUGGGCACUUUGCAUGGCUUUUCUUGCUCAGAAAUGUGGCCUGUUGGGGAGCAAAGGAUUCACAGGUGGUUCCACCGCUGCCCCACUUGGGACGGCGGUUUUAACCUCAUCAUCUGGCUCGUGAUUAGUCCCUUCCCCAAUAAUGGUCGGUCUUCAUUUAUGAUCAAGCUUCAUAGAUGUCAAUCUGUGUGUUUAAAGCAGGGAAGUUUUGUAUCUUUAGGGGAUACUUGAAUGAAGGGCUGAGAGUCCACUGAGAACAGUGUGUGAUUUCUUACUUUGGGGGAAAAGAAUGAUGUUAUGAAAUUGCUGGGUGGUGUAUUUGAGAGGAUAAUCUUGCUGUGUCAAACGGAUCUGAACUUGAUAAAAACCUAGUAUAUUUUCUCUGAUGUUUCCCAUAAUUAAAAAUAUACUAAUAAAUUAACAUAAAUUGUA